ACGGUGAGGUCAGCUGCCUGCGUGUUUUCCAACAUGGCGGCCCCCCUGCCUGGCAGAUGUGGCUUCUUCGUGGAGAAAAAGAAACGUUUCUGUAAAAUGGUCGUGGGGAAAGGGAAGGUCUACUGUGGAGAACACGCCACCAUGGUGAGUUCAAGUGCAGUUGGUACGUUCAGGGACACCGUUAACGCAGACAUAACGCAAUACGACAGGUAAACACUUGUCCACUGAGGUCUGCUGCUGGCAAUAUUUUUUUUCGUGGGAUGGUAGGGGAAGGCCCCGCCUCCUUCGCCUCCGAUUGGCUGUGAAACGUCAUCACACGCUCAAGCCGAGCGCGGGCUAACGGUUCUGUACAUCGAACAGAAAAUUACAGAACAUUAUCGCGAUUCUAAAUCUCUGAACCCUAAUGGUGCGUCCGAAGUCGGAGCUGAAAAACGUCACACCCGAGUUCCAGCGUUUCAGUUACCAAGUUGGACAAAAAGCAAAAUCGGAGAAACAAGAUGGCUACACCUACGAAAGUUUUUUUAGCGCUUGUCUUGUCCGAAUAUGGUUAUAAUGGUUGUGACGUCAUUUUCGGUUCAGACACCUGAUGCUGUGUUCGAGUCACCUCGGAAGUCAGAUGUCGGAGCAGGGAGUGACAUUAGACCCAAGUUGACGGUGUUCCAGUUAACAAGUUGGAAAACCAAGGUGGUUUUUCCAACUUGUAUAUAAAGCAAGCGCUAAAAUAACUUUCGUAGAUGUAGCCAUCUUGUUUCUGCCUCCGAUUUUGCUUGUUUCCGACUUGGUAAUUGAAACGCUGGGAAUUCAGGUGUGACGUCAUUUUCAGCUCAGACUUCUGACUUCCAAAGUAACUUAAAGGCAGCAUAACCCUAACCCGACAGACAAUGACGAUUCACAGCCAUAAGGAAUAACCAAUCAGAGCCCAGCACUUCUAGCCAAUCAGAGGCAAAGGAGGGCGUUGGCGCAACUUCAGUUAAGCCCCCCUAGUGACUGUGUUUUAACCCAAACUACUACUACUGUAAUCUUUUUAGUACUUACCACUGCUUGUGUACCUGCUGAUGUCAGGUGGGCUGUGAUGUCAUGACCCGCCUUUUCACUGUUUCCUGUUUCCUGUUUUAGGAGAAAGGCGUCAGCAGGAGGAUUGUGUGUCCUCUGGAUCCCAAACAGUGAGUCAGCAAUAAUCAGCAAUCAAUCACUUUAUCAGUCUAAUGGUUUCUGUACAAACACGUGUGUGUGUGUGUGUGUGUGUGUGUGUGUGUGUGUGUGUGUGCAGCACUGUGGAUGAAGACAAACUGGAAAAACACCUGAAGAAAUGCAACUCCAGAGAGAAACCCAAACCAGUAAGAGACCACUCUGUGCUGCGUUCACUGACCGUUCCUGUUAUCCUCUGUGCCGCGUUCACUGACCGUUCCUGUUAUCCUCUGUGCCGCGUUCACUGACCGUUACUGUUAUCCUCUGUGCCGCGUUCACUGACCGUUACUGUUAUCCUCUGUGCUGCGUUCACUGACCGUUACUGUUAUCCUCUGUGCUGCGUUCACUGACCGUUACUGUUAUCCUCUGUGCUGCGUUCACUGACCGUUACUGUUAUCCUCUGUGCUGCGUUCACUGACCGUUACUCUUGUCCUCUGUGCUGCGUUCACUGACCGUUACUGUUAUCCUCUGUGCUGCGUUCACUGACCGUUACUGUUAUCCUCUGUGCUGCGUUCACUGACCGUUACUGUUAUCCUCUGUGCUGCGUUCACUGACCGUUACUGUUAUCCUCUGUGCUGCGUUUACUGUUAUCCUCUGUGCUGCGUUCACUGACCGUUACUGUUAUCCUCUGUGCUGCGUUCACUGACCGUUACUGUUAUCCUCUGUGCUGCGUUCACUGACCGUUACUCUUGUCCUCUGUGCUGCGUUCACUGACCGUUACUGUUAUCCUCUGUGCUGCGUUCACUGACCGUUACUGUUAUCCUCUGUGCUGCGUUUACUGUUAUCCUCUGUGCUGCGUUCACUGACCGUUACUGUUAUCCUCUGUGCUGCGUUCACUGACCGUUACUGUUAUCCUCUGUGCUGCGUUCACUGACCGUUCCUGUUAUCCUCUGUGCUGCGUUCACUGACCGUUUCUGUUAUCCUCUGUGCUGCGUUCACUGACCGUUCCUGUUAUCCUCUGUGCUGCGUUCACUGACCGUUACUGUUAUCCUCUGUGCUGCGUUCACUGACCGGUACUGUUAUCCUCUGUGCUGCGUUCACUGACCGUUACUGUUAUCCUCUGUGCUGCAUUCACUGACCGUUACUGUUAUCCUCUGUGCUGCGUUCACUGACCGUUACUGCUAUCCUCUGUGCCGCGUUCACUGACCGUUCCUGUUAUCCUCUGUGCUGCGUUCACUGACUGUACUGUUAUCCUCUGUGCUGCGUUCACUGACCGUUCCUGUUAUCCUCUGUGCUGCGUUCACUGACCGUUACUGUGAUCCUCUGUGCUGCGUUCACUGACCGUUACUGUUAUCCUCUGUGCUGCGUUCACUGACCGUUCCGGUUAUCCUCUGUGCUGCGUUCACUGACACUUAUCAUAAACUGAUCUGUUAUGAUGUGCUCUAAAAUGAUCUGCAGGUGUAUUAUGUGGAGAACAUAAACGCGGGAUCAGCUGAUGGAGACGAGAUGCUCCCACAGGUAACACACACACACACACACGCACACACACUCACACACACACUUGUUGACCCAAACACUCACUAAUCCAACCUUAUUAAUGAACGCGUGCCUCAGUGUGUGUGUUUUUGUGUGUUUUUAGGUGAGCCUCUGCGAGCUCGGCCGCUCUCAGCUGGAGUCUCUCGUGGACAAACUGAAGGCGGGGGUCAAAGGUCAGACUUACCCUUUUGUCACCUGUAACUUUAAGGUUAAAAUCAGCCGACACACCUGAGAGCCUCUGAUCUCUGAUAAAAACAUGCUGGUUUACCGAUGAAGGUGAUGAAGAUGAGGAUGUUUCAGGUCUGCAGUUUGACGUGGAGGAAAGCGUUUUGUCUCAUCCCGUCGUCCAGGAGGAACUGAAGAACCCAAAGAACGGAGACUCCGCCCACAAACACCUGAAGCAGCAGGUAAGCAGCAGCCAAUCAGAGGCGAAGGAGGCGGGACCUUCCCCCUACCAUUCUACAAAAACAAAAUAUUGCGUUCUUCUCUAAGCCACGCCCACUGUGGAGGCGGAGCCCUCGGUUCUGCUCCCGUCUCACCUCUCAGGUGAUCAGUCCUCUAUCCUAGGUCACAUGGAGAAGCAGGGGCUGCUGGGUAGAAGACGGUGCUUCAUAGAGUUCGGAGCGGGUCGAGGGAAACUUUCUCACUGGAUCCAUGAAGCCCUGAAGACCCCCGACCACCUGAAGACCGCAGAUGACCUGCAGAUCCUGCUGGUGGAGCGCAGCAGCACUCGAUUCAAGGCAAGGCAAACGUCAAAACAGACGACCAUUUUCCUCUUGAAGUCUUAAAUUCUCAAUCAGGUUUCCCAGCAACAGGACAUGUCUGCAGACCCGGAGAGCCCAACAGAUCCACAACUGUGACAGAUCUACAACCCUCUUUGCUCCCCCUGCUGGAUGGAGUAGGUCACUGCAUGACAGAUCCACAACCUGAAACCCGUGACCGCCCCCUUCUUGCUGCUUCUUUCAUGACAGUUAUCGACCCAAAUGAAGCGACGUCACGAUCGAGUAUCAAACGUGAAUCACAUCAUUUUUAGUCGUUAAUAAAACUUUUGUCUUGAAUUUGAAAUAUGUCAACAAUCGGCUUCGUUUAUGACAUUUUUCCAUUUUCCAUGACAGUCUGAAAUGCACAUCGAAUCUCGAUGAAGCUAAUGCUAACAUUAGCUUGUCUUAAGUCGGAAAUGUACGAUUUGACCCGUAGGUUACUAGUGUUGUAGUGAAUGAAACAAAAGUGUGGAGACUAAUAAUGUGCAUGAGAUUGAACGUGAAAAUAUACGAGAAAAACACGGAAAAUCUCCGAUUCAUCGGCUCUGCAGACACAGACUGUCACAUUCAGGAGGUCAAAAUCAUCGAAGAGGAAUGAAGAGGAUAAAAGUGAGGACAAUCCAUAUGAUACUGGGAUAAUAUGAUGUUAUUUUGGUCGAAUAAACCCAAAAUAUUAAAGGUUGGCAGACAAUACAUAAAAAGACGAUAAGUAAAAAAUUGUAAAAUUAAUAAAAUCUAGAUUAAUAUCUAAAUAUGUGACUGUGGGGACUGAUUUAUUAACUUGUUUAUUAAAGUAAAGGAACAGCUGUUAGAAAGAGGGUUGUGGAUCUGCUGGGCUCUCCAGUUCUGCAGACUCCCCUACUCCUCCCAAGUCCUCAUCAGGACGAUUACAGUCCAGACCAGUAGAGGGCGACAGACCUGAGCUUCAGACAGAAACAGCUGCAGAGUUAAAGUUUGUCUCAGUGAAUCUGGUCUGAUCUGAUCCAGGUGGACGGGAAACAUCAGGACCCUGGAGUCCAGUUUGAGCGUCUGCAGGUGGACAUUCAGCACCUGGACUUAAGUAAGACCCACUCAAAUGGUCUCAUCUAGUUCUGGUUCUGGUCUGACUGUGUGGGUGUUCACAGGUCGGGUCCAGAUGCUCAGACUGAAGAAGUUUCCGUUGGUGGGAGUCGGGAAACAUCUGUGUGGAGCAGCGACAGGUGAGAGAGGACGACUCUGGAUCAGGUUCUGAUGAUCCAGAUCCCAACAGAAGUUCUCUUCUGAUGGGUCACUAUCUGGGGCAGGUCUGAACCGGACUCUGUGUUCCCUCAGACUCAGAAAAACCUCACAAUAACUGGUUCUGGUCUCUGUUUCAGAUCUGGCUCUACGCUGCUUAUUGGAAACUUCAGAACCCAGAAAGGAGAGUGAACCGCCCCCCAAACGCCCAAAGACAUCAGAACCAGCUGAUCCAGAGCAGCAUUCACCAUCAGAGGAUCCGGAUCCGGGUCCUGGUCCGGUUCUGGGCCUGGCAGUGGCUCUGUGCUGCCACCAUCGGUGCGAAUGGCGUCACUACGUGGGUAAACAGUUCUUCCUGCAGCGAGGACUCGGACCUGAAGAGUUCUCGGCCUUCUGCCGGAUGUCCAGCUGGGCAACAUGUGGACUCAGACCAGCCAAUCAGGAGCCUCAGCCUCAGGUUCCGACCAAUCAAAGAGGAGACGAUGACGAGCACGAACCAGCAGAAGAGAAGGACGCCGUGAACGGGUAAAUAUUUGACCGAUGGCGGCCUGGUUGGCGUGUUUCCCAUCCUGAAGUCUCGUUGUUGUUUCCUCUGCAGCUUCCUGUCGUCCUCUGAGCGCGAGCAGAUCGGGCGUCUCUGUAAACGUCUGAUCGAUGCGGGCAGACUUCACUUCCUGAAGGCGAGGGGGUUUGACGGGAAACUGUCUCAGUACGUGGACUCUCAGGUGACUCUGGAGAACGUUCUCCUGACCGCCGUCCCCUCGCCCUCGUCUCCUCGCCCUGAAGGUGAAACUCGCUGAUUAAGUUAUUUUUUAAAAUUUUGACAGAAACUCAGAAAACGGAUUUUUGUUUGAAUGUUUGUAAAGUUUUUUUUAAUUAAAGCUCCUCGUUGGUUCAGUC